AUGCUAAAAGAUAACGUACUUGAAUAUCUAUUUUAUCGCUUCAACCCAUAUUUUCCUGAAAGAGAUUUACCGGUCUAUGAGAUCAAUCCGGCGGAUCCGCAAGACAUUAACGUUAAAUUGGGUCUAUGUCAUACACUACUAGACCAAAAAUCACCACCAGUGCAGAAGAGCCAGAUUAUAAUUUCGCUGUGUUUAAGUCUCUUAACAGACGCUUUAGAAGUUAAUGCACGUAUAAGUUGUUGUGUGUAUCCUGAAAUCGAAUGGCCUUCAUCUGUCAAUACCCUCGCAACAAGGAUGCUGGAUGUCGCUUUAAAUUCUCUAAAGAAACAUUUAAUACUCAGCGACAGGUUCCUAAUAUCAUUGCUUAACUUUAUUUGGGAGGCGAUAAUUUGGAAUGAUAAAUAUAGGGGGAUGUUUGUUAUGGAUAACGGAGUCUAUAAACUUUUAGAUUUAAUAACCCUCACACGACCUCCAAUUCAAUGUCUUGCUCUUGCACUUUUGUGCGAUGUGGCAAGAGCUGGCGAAGCUGUAGCACAGAUGAUUACUUGGCGAGCCAGUCCUGCUGCUUCAGACAUUCACCCCAUUUUGGUAAGACGUGGUGCCACCAUUGCUACAUUACUCGCAGCCAUAUUUCGCGAUGAGUGUUACAUAAAAAAAGUUAAUUUAAGCAGCGAUGGAGUAUUACAAGAUUUAAACUAUCCAUUGAUGUCUCCUGAGAUACGAGAAGAACUGAAAAGCUAUGACGUUAGCCAAGAGCCUAGUACGCGGGUGCCGGAAUCUUUAGCGGCCUCAGAUUUAGCAGGAUCGCGAAUGUCCAAGACAAUCCUGGUGUUAUGUUCCCAUUACCUAACUUUCAAAUUAAAUGAAACUUGGAUUGAAACGAAGACUCAAUGCCCUGGCCUGUUAUCUCAGGACAAUGAUAUACUGGAAGAAUUUUUGCAUAUUGCGAAAGGCUGGGCAAAAGAAGUUCAACAAUUACAAGAAGGUAUUAUUAAGAAGAGUAAAGAGAAGGAAUACGCGAGUGAAUGUUCCUUAUAUGAGUUUUUAAGCCGAGUUAGGCUCAACAUAGCGCUAGAUGCACUACGAGAAAUACGUUGCAUGGCGCGUUCGACGGAUCAUUUUCAGAUAUCACAUGCCUUGUUACACGACGCGGUUUGGGAGCAGCAAAGGAGAGCUGAACUUUCUAAAAAUUUACAGGCUCCAAUAAUAAAAACUUAUACUGCUCCUUUAGACGUGCAGGUACUCUAA